AUGGCGCCUUCCGACGGCAACCAGAAUACCAGCCUGCAGGGCGAAACCCUCCAGAAGCUUGUGAAAGCGCAGGACGGCGAGGCCAACCAGAUCAGUCAAACCAUCAAUCCCACCACUUUCCACUGCUACAUGCGCCUCCCUUUCGAGCUUCGAGCACAGGUCCGCACAGCAGCAAUCAAAGCAGCCAGACCACAAUCAAGAAUGAUACUGUCCCGUGCCCUUGAUACACAACCUUGUUGUCGGUUGGCUUCAGUCUCCAAGGAAUGGCGGCACGAUGUUGAAAGGGCUCUCUUCAGCGAGAUUCGAAUCGAUCCCUCCGACGAGGAGGAUGUUUUGAGGCUCAAAGAACUCUUCACGGACCAACGAAGGAGGUUUCUGACGCGGUUUGAUAUUGCCAUCGAUGACGACCAGAACUCAGGUCCUUGGCACAAGAACAUGGGUUUGUUGCGGAUCAGCCAGGUGAUGAAGAAAAUCGGACAGUUCUUCCAGUACAUCAAUGGAUGGAAUUUCUGCAGAGACGGUGAGCAACAACAGUCCAUCGAAAUCAUCUUUACUACUUUGCACGAACCUGGAGGAUAUCAUGAACCAAAAGACGAACGACCUUUCAUGUUCGUCAGCUCGCUCUGGGAGCAGAAAGACCUGAAUGUUCUCACCAGUCAUGGCCUCAUCCCUACCAACAUGGUGUUGUGGGCCAUCAAGUCCGAGUUCCCGUCAUCUCUCAACAUGACUCCUCCCUACCACGGCAACAUCGACAUGGAGAUGGCCACGGCUGCAAAGCUUUGA